GUCAUGGAAAGAAGCACCGACUACGAAGUUACAGUGCUCCCUUCCCUUUUCUCUCGCAAUACCUCUGCCUAAACCUUCACGAUUCUGCGAAGCAACACACUUCCCUUCGAGCAGCACCCGAAGAUAGAAACUGAAGAACCACUCCCCCUCUCCCUUUCGUGCCGUACCGCCACCAUGAGCGGGGUUCCUUUCAACGCGAUGUGGACGGCACCUCCGCCGCCGUCGUACACCGACACGGUCGGCGUGGAUCCGACGGAUUACGUGGUGCUGACAACCAGUCACGGUGAUGAGGCGCUGGUGCACAAGGACUGCCUUAUCGAGUCGCCGGUGCUGCGAUUUUGCUUUCGCAAGCGCGUUCCCCUCAACACGGAGGCGGUCACCGUGGAAUUCAUCGCGGCAGGGGCGGAGGUCGCAGCCACCGCAGCAACGACCGCUUCCGCCCCGUCAUCCCUACUGAACACGCGCGCAUCGCUGAAGACCGCGGAAGAGCAGCAACCUGUGGCGAACCUACAGGAGCUUGAAAUAGAAGGCAGUGUGGAGGAGCAGAACGCUGCGGACGACCACUCCAGAAGGUCCGUCACGGUGGACGUGCAAGAUGCGGGGGAGGAGGAGCAGCAGAAUCGCCACCCUGUGGUCUUGGCGGAGUCGCUCUGCACGGACAACUCCGUCAAGAUAGUGUUUCCGCGGCUGAAUCGAGCGCAGUUGGAGGUGGUGGUGGCGUACUUUUACUACAAACACCAUUUCAACCGCAGACCGACCGCGAUGCGCCCGCACUUCGAAAUUCCGUCGUCGGCGGCGUUGGAAGUGAUGCGGGUGGCAAACACGCUGAAGUGCUGA